AGUCUUAUAAAGUGUUCAAAACCAUCGGAAACCUCUUCUCCUAUCAAUAGAGCAUUAAAGCGGCGCGGAAAUGAAUCUCUCCGUGAAGGACUUCCUAGUAAUGUCAUAGCGAAGUAGGUUUGCCCUUAACCAACAUGGCCGCCUAUUUCCGGCGCAGUUACUUUGUGCCUGUGGCGGAAAAAGCCGAGAUCUCCCGAAUGUCUGAGGAAUAUGGCGCUGACUAGAAGAGGAAAGAGCUCGCUGGUUCGAUCAUCGGUUCCUCUGCAAAUCCUCCUUUACAUCAAUGUUCUGUAUUAUGUUUUUUAUUUUCUAGCAACGCUGCUUAUGAUCAUUUAUAAAAGUCAGGUCUUCAGUUAUCCCGACUCUAAUUUAGCAUUAGACCUUGGUCUACUCUUCUUAAUGGCGAUUGUGGAAUCUGUCAGACUGUACUUAGGAACGAUGGGAAACCUAAAAGAAGAGGAGCUCCCCUUAGGAUCCAGCCUGUUCUUCACUGCUGGCAAUGUCAUGCUGUCCGUGUAUUUUCUUGUAUGGGAGACGUAUAUCCUGAGGGCAGAUGUCAUUCUCAAUGCUAUCCUAUUGAUCUUGUAUGGGCUGGAAGCCAUCUUAGAGCUGAUCACCCUUGCAGCGUUCUUCCGAUAAAGGAAACCACUUUUUGGGAUAAAGUUAUUUAUUCUGGUGUUUGGAAAGUGACUUUUGAAAAGGGCAAGAAAAUUCUGUACAGUUCCUUUUUUCAGGGCUCGAAUAGUUAGUAAUGGACUGGAAGCAUUGGGGGGGGGGGCAAUAUGAAAUAAGACGCCUCCUUGGGUGGCAGUAAAAUUGCAUUAUUUUAUUUUGAUGAUUUGAUGAGGAAAAUGUAUCAAUUCGGACGGUUGAGUCUCCUAAUAUGUGACUGCGUCAUGCCCAUAAGACAGUGGAGGCUAAUAUACAUCUCAGAAUAGCCUUCUCUUAUGUCAGGGAUCAGCACUCCAGCUGUUCUGCAACUACAACUCCCAGGAUCCCAUUACAUCUAUAGGAGUUACAAGAACAGCCGAGUAAGUGUGCAUGCUGGGACUGUCUAGUGUCACAGUAGCCGGCUUGCCGAAGGUUGUUGAUCCCUGUCUUAUGUGAU